AUGGCGCCUCGACCGCUCACCUCGAUCUUCAUGGCCCCGCCGCCUCCAUCGCGCCCCACAGCCUCGGGAGGGCAGUCUGGCUCGGGCCCAACAACACCGACAUACAACCCGGCGUAUCCCGGAUUGCCUGUAACGGCAUUACCAGAGGGCGGCAUAUCGAUUAUUGUUCCCUCUGGAAACGAUCCAGAACCAGAGGCCGAGCCAGAGCCAGUAUGGGUUCCCAAGGCGCGUCUCGCAUUGGCCAAGUCAAGCGUAUGGGACGGCAUGGCUCCUAUUCUCCCCAGUUCAAUGCCUACUGGCAAUAUCAGCAGCAGACAUUCGUCGAUUGUAACAGUCAAGCCAACCAAUCAUACGCCAAAACCCCAUGUUCAGCCAGCUCAGAUUGGGAAUGACGCCCUGAGCGACCCGGACCAUCCGCGCAAACGCCAUUUGCCCCGUAAUCCACUCGACCCCCACCGACUCGCUCUCAUUUCCAACGCACUCGGUGUAUCUAUCCCGAUCCCCCCGCGCGCAGUGUUGGAAGGCCGGUUAUCCGAUGACCGAGUACGCAAAGCCAGCUUGGACGACGCAACUCUCACUCUGAACCAUGCACGCGCAUCCAGUCUUGCUUCCUUCCGGAGCGGCCCGACCCCCAUGCGUAGUGCGACCAGUCUGAGCGUGAACAGCAGGAGACCGGUUUUGAGCGCGAGCAGCUCAGUUUCAACUUUUCCCGUCGUCGCCACUCCGUCCCAGCCUACCCGAUUUUUGCUCCAUGUUUAUCCCCCGCCUCAUAUGCCUUCUCUUCAUCCCUUUGCAUCACGCACUCCCCCACCUGGUUACCAUUCUCAGUUUAGGCGAGGUACCCUUGUCGCUUUGCACGCAUCCCUUCCGGGACAGCUCAGCGCUAUUGCAAAAGAGUACGGUUUGCCGAGUACAAGCGGAAUGUGUGUUUAUUUGCUUAGCGCCGACUACGAGCCCCCGGAAGAAGACGACGAUGACGUGCCUCCCCAACGAGGAGACGAACGCGCCUUGGGACCACGUAUAGGGGAAGAGCCAUGGAAGAUGCUCUGGGCUGCGCUAUUAAAAGCGGACAGGGAUGAAAUGAUGCGCUCGUUUAAUCCCAACGAGGCCGGGAGCAUCACCGGAAGUCCGGCCUCUGCACUUGCAGCUCUGGGCGGGGAGGAAUCGCCGCCUCCCAACGGCGAACACACUCUUUCGCAUAAAUCGAGUGUGUCUUCGUUUUCACCCCGGCCGUUGAAGACCGUCGCGGCUAUGAACAGCAAAGAGGUUUUCAAGUCCAUCCCACUCAGUGCGACCUCUCAGUCAUCCGGAACAGCCUCGACCGCACUUUCUCGCAAUCCAUCCCUCGCGACAAGUCAAAGUCGAACGUCUUCCCCAACUACGACGCUAUCUUCCGGCAAAAUCAAUAUCAUGCCAACGCUCCCCAUUGUCGGAAAAAUCGAGUUUGACAUUGACAUGCGCCGUGCUCCAUGGUACGAAACCUUCUGCAACCGUGCCCACCAGCAAAUGGCCCAAAGGCGACUCCCAUCGCGAGUCGAAACCCCCGUCGGACCACUCGCGACACCCGCACCUCGUUCCCGAUCCCCCUCACCCGUGACGCUUAACCUCCCGCCGCGUGCAAGGAGCGCAUCACCAGCUGGGGUAGAUACCCACUUUGCCCCGCGCUCGGCCUCGCCUUCGUCCAGUAAAUUCCCGAUGCACCUCCAGCUCCCCUCGAACCCCGCCAACCGCUCGGAUCGGGGUUUGUUGUCCCCUAAAGACGCGAGGCUCCCGACUCCCUCGUCGAGCGAUGACGAGACUAUCGGGCUCGGGCUGCAAUUGAGCCCGUCGAGCUCGACUGUUGCAGACGGGAUGAUGCUCGACGUCGUUCCCGAGGGCGGAUACGCCGCCUUGUCAGACGACGAGGACGAGGACGAUAGCGGACGGGGAAUCGAGGACCUGCCGAUUCCCGAGCCGGACGAGGACGAGUUGCCGCCCGGCGAUUCGACAGCCGAAGUCGUCCAGCUGUGGAACGAGCAUAACCGACCGGGGAUCAGCCUCGCUCCCCCUCCUCCCUCUUCUGCUCCUGCCGUUCCGGCGCCCGAGUUCUCGAGACCUGCGGACCCGAGCCGAGUUGUGUUCCCCAAACCGGCUCCGGCGCGACAGAGGAGCGAUUCGGUCAAGCGACCGCCGCCGCUGAAGCUCGAGGAGCAGCAAGAGGCCGAAAAGGAGGAACUGGGCCAGACGGAGAUUGUUGUUACCGGGGAAGACGGGGAGGACUGGAACUGGCGCUCCAGCGAGCAUGUGAGGAAGGAGAGACUGGACGAGCUCGAAAAGGCUCUCGCGCAACUCUCACCCCGAAUCUUGCAGCCUCCUCCACCCGACUUGGAUCGUCCCAGGUCGCCGGGACUGCAUUCUCGUAUGUUGAGUGGUGGGACGUUGCGCGCUGGAGCUGCUCGUCCGGACCCGCAUGCACCAUUGUUCAUGUCUGAAGAAUUGAGCAAUCUGAAAGCAAGCAUGGCUGCCAAAAAGGGAGGCAGCACACCCACUACCCCUCGAACACCUCCCAUGACGACCGAAUCCCGUAUCCGCAUGCAAAAUGAACACAAACUCGAUCUCGCCAACCUCCCACCACCCGAAACAGCCCCACCUCGCCCUCGAAGACCCCAAACCCCAGUCGCACUAAACUCGCCCCCGUUUGAAGACUCUCCCCCAGUCCCGAGCCAACAGCAACGCAGCCGGUUCAGCAUGGAUUCCAACGGGGAGGACGUCUCUGGUCUCACCGCUCCCAACCGGGAACGCGCGAAUUCGAUCAUGAGCGUCAAGGGUAUUAAAAAGCUAUGGCGAGGGAGAAACUCGACGCAGAAUCUGAACGGGCUCGCGGCGGCGAGUGCGAAUCGGGACAGCCAGUUGCCUGUGAACUCGGGCGCGGGUCAUAAGCGAGACAGCUCAAACUCGGGCAAGGAUCCGUUUCAUUUUGAUCAAGACCUAACAAAAGAUAAAGAAGGCAAACCAGCUACGAAAUCCAUCCUCAAAAAAUGGAGCGUAAAGCCAAAUGAUCCCAAGCUGUCGCCUAAACCGACCCAAUCGGCGCGCGGGAGCAUCUCGAGCGUCAAUACGCUCACGUCCGGCGCGAAUGGACUCCAAGCUACCGAUAGCGGUCGGCCGAGCGUGAGUUCGAGUUUGGCGAGCGAUGGAGAGCCGAUGACACCGAGGAUGAGUCAGUUUGAGAUGGUUGUGUCCAAUGAUGGGCAACAGCAGCAACAGCAGUCAUGA